AUGGCAUCAGGUGGAUCACUUAUUCCGGGUGCUGAAGAGGCAUUUCUACGCAUUAUCACUUCAGCACGAAGGUCAGAACUUCACCUUAUACAACCCCAUUAUCUCCAUGGAGCCAGCCUGAUUAUAGGGGAUUUUCGGAUACUAGGUUAUUCGAAACCUGAAGAACCAAUUUCCUGUUCUGAGUCACCGAUUGGCGGGACUAUCACUUAUUUCCACGACUGGGUGUAUGCCACACGAGCGAUAUUUCAAUGGUUGAAAGAAAUAAGAGGCCCGGAAGCUGAUCAGACUGAUGUCAACACCGAUGAAUUACUCCGGGUGUUCGAAGAAGAUAGCGAUGUAGCUGGCUCCGCGUUCUUUGAUGCGGAUGAUUUAGGCGGAACUGGUUCACCGUCGGGGUAUCCGGCAUAUGGCUAUCUGGUAAAAAUCCGGUGA